AAGGUUGGCUUUCAUUUGGCACCAGACCCAGUCAUUGAUGGCUAUCGAUGCAUGGUAUUUGCAUCCGUCCUUCCCACGAUGACUUUUGUCAGGGUUUGCUGGUCCAGGCAGACUGGCGUGCUCAACCACUGCUCUAGCAGGGUCAGAGCACACAGCUUGAUCGAGAAUGGUUUCCUGACUCUGAUCCUAAGCUCAGUAUAGACCCAGCUGUACUUCCAAAACACUUCAGCAAAGAGUCCAAACCCUGCAGGCUCUGUCUUUGUCAGAGAGGAAGCGUUUACCCUGAACAGAUCUCCAUGGCAACCAAACUGGGAUGCACUACCUCUGCAGUCCUGUUCUCAUUUCAAAACAAGGAGCUGAUGCAGUCCUCAGCCUCCAUCGCCUUUCUGUGCAGCACCUUCCCCAAAGUGCUAUCCAAUUGCAGCCAACCCUCACAGUGUACAUCUGAUCUUUCACUUAAAAUGUAAAAUCGGUAUGACUCCCACCAGAAAAUUACUCGUGAGUGGCAGCGGGACAGGAGAGCCCGCAGGCCCGAACCGACUGCGCUGGAAUCUGAGCAAACAGCAAAUCGAGGAGGAGGCCCAGGCCAUAAUGUGCAGGACGAAGCAGGUGUACGAUCGCGUCGGCUCGCUCGACCUGGCCGAGGUGACCUACGAGAAUAUGCUGAAGGAACUGGCCGACAUUGAGGUGGAAUACACAGUGACAUCACUGCAAUCAAAACAUCAGCAGGUCCCUUGAUUAGUAAACCUGCACUUAUUAGCUUCUGUUUAUUAAGCGGGUGCUGCGUCUUUAUUAGAGAUUGCACAACUCCCACUGUUAUCUGGGACCUGCUGGCUGCAAGGCUUGGUUUAAGCAUGUACUGUACUGUGGUAGCAUUCCGAAGGGAAUUGGACACAUUCCUGGAAAAGGAGCUUCAGAGUGUUUUGGAAUUCAUGGAACGUGCAGAUGUGGCCAAGCUGAUGGUAGUCCCACCUCUUCAUGAGAAGACUGUGGGUGUAAGUUCCACUCCUGAGGGUUGAAUGCAAAAUUCUUUGUUAUAUUGUUAGAAGUGUGUUCUUUUGGAUCGGCCGGGCCCUGUGUAGCCUUUAUCACGGGUGUGAAAGGACUCAUAAUACUCAUUUUGAAGGUAGCAAAUGAGCCCACUCUGCUGCCUCUCAAUUUGAUUCCCAGGUUCGAUAUGAAUUUGUUCCUUGGUUGCUGACUAGGCGACAUUUUUACAUAGGACCACAACACAUACUGUAGGAGAAGCAUUAGGCCAUUUGGCCCAUUGAGUCUGUUCCAUCCUUCAGUCGUGGCUGAUUUAUGGUCCCUCUCAACCCCAUUCUGCUGCCUUCUCCACAUAAUCAUUGACACCUUUAUUCAUGAAGAACCUGUCAACCUCCACUUUAAAAAUACCCAAUGAUUAAGAUGCAUAGGUAGCUUGGAUUCAGAACUAGCUUGACUAUAUGAGUCAGAGAGUGGUGGUGGAAGCAUGUGAGUCUGAUUGGAGGUCUGUGACCAUCAGCAUUCCACAGGGAUUGUUGCUGCAGGCUCUGUCAUCUGAGAUGCAUAAUGGGCGGAUUAGUAAUCUUGAAGACGGCACAAGGAUCGGUGGAAUUGUGGACAGUAGGAGGAUCCGGCAGCUACAGAUGUGGGCAGAGAAAUGGCAGUCGGAGUUUAAUCCCAGCAAGUGUCAGGUGUUGCGCAUGUCAUGAUGGGGAAAUAUUGUUCCCCUCCUUGCCUUGUGGCACAUCGGACAGCAACCUUCCCAUUUCUUUAGCAUUUGGCUGCGUUUCAUGAGGCUGAGUUGCCCAGCCCAGCACGGAUGGGAAGCGUGCGAGAAGCCGGCCGGUUUCGAACCCGCUUCGAAUUCCGGUGCGGAUUCCGCUACGCCACCAGCUGGCGUAUGUUAGUAAAAAGUGUACGGUUAAUGGCAGGAGCCUUAAC